GCGCCGGACUCGCCUCCGACUCCUCACAGCCAGCUCGCCAAGACAAGACCUGCGGCCCGCGCUCUCCCGAGAUGCGCUCCCCGGGCUUCCGCCCGGGGAGAAACACCCUGUGACGUCAUCUAGCUGCGCGGCGCGUUCGCUGUGCUAACCACUCACUCUUCGUGCCGACCGGGCGCGGGGUGGCUUUCAACCAUGGCUGCUCCGACGCCCUGGGACCGCGCGGCCGAGCCAAAUGCUGCCGGGCUACUGCUGGACCGUUUCGUAGCUUCGGGGCUGGUCACUCAGGAGAUGUUAAAUAUAUCUAAGAAGUCAGCUUCUUGCUUUGUGAACUUCUCCAGACUACAGCAGAUCACAAAUAUGCAAGCUGAACUCUACCAGAAAAACCUGGAAAUUGAACUUUUAAAACUAGAAAAAGAUGCAGCAGAUGUUGUUCAUCCUUCCUUUUUGGCUCAGAAGUGUAAUGCUCUGCAAAACAUGAAUAAUCAUUUGGAAGCAGUGCUAAAAGAGAAGAGAUCCCUGCGGCAAAGACUGUUGAAACCCAUGUGCCAGGAAAACUUGCCUAUUGAAGCUGUUUAUCACAGAUACAUGGUACAUUUGCUGGAGUUGGCAGUGACUUUCAUUGAAAGAUUAGAAAACCAUCUUGAAACAAUUAGAAAUAUCCCUCAUUUAGAUGAAAAUCUCAAGAAAAUGAGCAUGGCUUUAGCACAAAUGGAUAUUUUGGUGACUGAGACAGAAGAACUGGCAGAGAAUAUACUCAAGUGGCGAGAACAACAAAAAGAAGUCUCCUCUUGUAUCCCCAAAAUACUAGCCAAAGAAAAUUAUCUUCGUAAACAUGAUGUUACAAUGCCGUCUUUACCUUUUACUUCUAAAGUUCAUGUCCAAACUGCUAAUGCCAGGUGAUGAUCAACAGUUUAUUUUUAAUUACAUGUAGUCAUGUGAGGUCUGUUUCUAGCCCAUUGUAACAUAGGCAUUUAUAAGCUCUGCUGCUAGCAGUACUGAAAAAGCCCUCUUUAUAUUGAAGUACUAAAAUUCCAACUUCAUUAAGACCAAAUUGAGUUUUCCUUUGUUUUUCAUAUAUUUUCAUUCUACUUUACAGUAAAACUCUUGAAGAUCAAAUACAACCAUGAUAAUUUAUUAACAGGAGUGCCUUAGCCAUA